CAUGUAUGGAAAUCUGUGCAAUUUACUCUGAUUUCUUGGUUAAAAACAAACUCAUUUCAUUCUGCUCUUCCAGUGCUUCUCACAAGAUUUUUGCUAAAAACCAGGUCUCUAUUCUACAUUGUAAAUUAUUAUUCAACAUACCUGAACAUCUACAGAGCUAUUUCAGCCGGAUGAAGCAGUAAAGCCACAAACAAAAGCAAUGCUUACUACUCGCCAUGAAACUUGAGUAAAAUAUUUAAAACUUUUCCACUGUGAAGGGAGGUUUUGAGCAGCUGGACAUUUAAACUCAAUAAGGUGAUGGAAGUUUGUCCAGAAUUUCACUGACGAGUUGAUUUACAGCCUCGAGUCUGAAAAUAGUGUGGGCUGGACAAUGGUGUAAAACAUCCCUUGUUAUCAGAAUGGUGCACUAAGAUAAACUGUCAAACACUGACGAAAGCGACUGAAUGGAGCAGACCGUCUGCUAAUUACGCAUUCUUGUGGUCAAAUCAGAUGGCGACAUAGAACCACUGACUCAUAACCUUCUUACACCAAAUAUCUCAUUCCAUGCAUGGGCUUCAGUCCAACUCAAAGUGGGAGAGAGACCUUGCCAUCAGGAGCAACUGAACAUUUCCUGCAUUUGUCAGUGCAACGUGGGCUGUGAGACAUAGGAAGCAAUACUGAGCCUUAUCAUUGAGUCACAGAAGGAAAACAAACUCUUGGCAACAUUACAUAAAGCCAGUGAACUGUCAGAACAACCCGUCAGGAGAAGCAGUAACUCUUUUUCCGAAUGUAUGACCAAGCAAUUGAAUAGUCAAAGCAUCAGAGAAAGAAGAGAAGUUGGUUAACAUUUAGAAGCUUCUUUUUUUUUGCCCUGCACAUACAUAGUUUUACGCAAAGCUCAGUUGCAGUUGGAAACCAUCAGAAUGCUAUCAAGCUACUUGUCAUUUGCGAGUUGUGUUUGUAUUUUCCUGGCUAUGUCAGGGUACGGCUCCUACAAUAAAGCCACAGACAGUUUAGAUAAGCGCCACCAUCGCAUUCAGCAUGGACCGUGCAGCUAUACAUUUCUCCUUCCAGAGAUCGAGAACUGCCAACCUUCCCCAGAUUACCACAUGUCCAACUCACUCCAGAGAGAUGCUCCUCCACCAGUGGAGCCCAACUGGUCCCGAAAGCGGCUGCAGCAACUCGAAGGCAUCUUGGAAAACAACACACAGUGGCUGCAAAAGCUUGAAAACUAUAUUCAGGACAGCGUGAAGACUGAGAUAGUGGAGAUCCAGAGGAAUGUGGUGCAGAACCAGACGGCAGCCAUGUUAGAAAUAGGAACUAAUCUCCUGACUCAAACUGCGGAACAGACUCGCAAGCUCACUGAUGUGGAAACACAGGUUCUGAAUCAGACAUCGCGGCUUGAAAUCCAGCUGUUGGAGAAUUCGCUUUCAACAAACAAACUGGAGAAAGAAAUCAUGGUGCAGACACAGGAAAUUACCAAACUCCAUGAAAAGAACAGCUUUCUGGAGAAGAAAGUCCUGGAAAUGGAAGGUAAACAUGAAAUGGAGCUUCAGUCAAUAAAAGCAGAGAAGUUGGAGAUGCAGGACCUGUUGAUGAAGCAGAGCAUAAUUAUCGGAGAGCUUGAGAAGCAGCUGAGUGUAGCCACGCAAAAUAACAGCGUCCUACAGAGCCAGCAGGUUUUACUAAUGGAGACUGUUCACAACCUGCUGAAUAUGGUGUCCCAUGGCAACGAAAUACAACGAGUUGCAAAAGAUCAAGUCGCUUUUAAAGAUUGUGCUGAAGCGUACAAGUCAGGAUUUACUACAAAUGGAGUCUAUACACUCCAUAUCCCCAACGCAACAGAAACAGUGAAGGUGUUCUGUCAUAUGGAGAUCAAUGGAGGGGGAUGGACAAUCUUCCAGCAUCGUGAAGAUGGAAACAUUGACUUUCACCGUGACUGGAAGGAAUACAAACUGGGUUUUGGAGACCCCUCAGGAGAAUAUUGGCUAGGAAAUGAAUUUGUUCACCUGCUUACCAGCCAGUCUCCUCAUGUUCUACGCAUUCAACUGAAGGACUGGAAUGGAAAUGAAGCAUUUGCUGUCUUUGACCAUUUCUUUCUGGGAAGUGAGGAGCAGAAGUAUCGGCUCCACAUAAAGGGUUACAGUGGAACAGCCGGGAGAACCAGCAGUCUCAGCCCCUCUGGUACAAAAUUCAGCACCAAGGACGUGGACAAUGAUGAAUGUGGCUGCAAAUGCUCCCAGAUGGCUUCUGGAGGAUGGUGGUUUCAGGCCUGUGGCCCUUCUAACUUGAAUGGCAUGUAUUACUCAGGCGGGAUGAACACAAUUCGAUUUAAUGGGAUCAAGUGGCACUACUGGAAAGGCUCACAUUACUCCCUCAAGUCCACCACAAUGAUGAUUCGACCUGUAGCUUUCUGAACAAUGCAUAAGGAUCCUUUUCUGAGCAGCUAAUGGAAUUCACCAUCGCAUGUAAGGGAUACUCUACAUUCGCAGCACAAUCACUGAUUUAAUUUUAUUAAAUCGUUUAGCAUGCACUGGUGGGAUAUAAAUAUUAAAAGCUUCACCACCACAGCUAUCAGCCUUCAGAUUGCUAGAAAAGAAUUAACAAAAAACCUUCCUGCACUUCUUCAGCAGUGAAAAAUUUGACAAGGACAAUUUUGGCAGAAAGCUGGAAGGAGAAUAUUAAAUGACUUGCCAUUGAACUAGUCCCUGAAAUAGAAAAAGCCCCUCAGGGUUUCUCCUGUUCAACUCGAAUGAUGCAAAGAAUGUGUUGCCCAUUGACAUAAUCUAGAUUCAGGGCAAAGUGUAUUCGAAAGUGUUCAUUCUUUGUCAGUUGUCUUCAAUGUUGUCUUCGAUGCAUCAACCUUCACAUCUGCUUUCUCCUUCAGUGGGUAUGGAGUCAGAUGACCACAGUGAAAGGAAAGCAAAGUGUGAAUGUAACAUGUUUAACUAUUUCACAUACAGAAUGUAUUUGGGUGCUUCCUCGGUAAAUUCUUCCUUAGGAAAAAGGAAACAUUGCAUAUUUACAUUAUUAUGUUUGUCCAUCUGUGUCUAUUCCAGGCUUUUGAGAGCAGCCAGUUUUUUUUUUCCUCUCAGUAGGCUCAGUUCUCGUAUCAGCCAACGUGUGCAGCCUGUUCCAAAAAAUUCCAUUGCUUGUUGGCUGUCACUGCAUAUUGUGUUCUAACAGAUGUUCUAUUUGCUGCACACACAGCUGUUUAUUUCAACGUGCUUUUGAAAUCUUUUGUUUUUGGUACAACUAUGAUUAAAUCUGAAAAGUGUGGAGAGCCUGAUGCCAGACCAUGCCACUCUCCUCUGUAUACAAACACGGUUAAGUAUUUUCCAAUACAUUGGGCCUUGGCUAAUUUGCUCCAUCGGAAUGAUGCAGUUUGCUGUGAAAAUUUCUGCUGCAUGUCUUAUGCCGAGCAAACCACAUCCAGUUCAACUGCUGUCUGUUAUUACGAGAUCAUUGUUUUUGCAGCGCAUGGCUAUUUCAGAAAUAGUUAAUUGUGCCUCCAACCAUUGCUCUUUGUCCCCCAAGCACCUUGUCAAUCGUAGAGUGAAGAAUUAGUGGAAAGGGCAGAGGUCAUUACCGUGAGCAAACAAUCCAAUGAAAUUCAAACUGCCGUGAAAAAUAUGGUUUUGUUCAGAAUGGCUGUGUCUGGGAGACUCUCCUAAAGAAGUUAACUUUUGCUUGCAUACCAACCUCUUUGUUCUUACACCAAAUGUGGGGCCACCUGCAGUUUUAAAAUACUAUUGUCAAUGUGUAAUAAACAUAAUUGUCCCUGUCUAACAGUAUAUAAACUGAAUCAUCCAAAAUGGCAAAUCAUAACAAAACCUAGGAGAGACUAAAGGAGACCAAGCAUAUUUUGUAAAACAGAAGAAAACAAGCCUCACAUAAAUUCCAGGAUUUUCUAACUGUCUUUAUCUUGGAGAGUUCACGCAAAAAAAAAAAAAUUCUUCCACUGCCCCUGUUGUCUCUAUUGUGAACCCUCUGGUACCAAGAGAGCAGUGAUUGACCAGCUUGCUGGCCUCUGUGUGUCCAAAUGCUGCAAGCAGAUAUGUGGGAGUGACCUGGGGUGAUUUUCUCUGUUUCCCAUCAUCAUUUCUCAACAACCUUAACCCUGCCCCUCCCCCUCACCCAGCCACACCCCCACAAGAACACAGGUGCAGACUAGCGGGAGUAUGACACAGCUUGAAAUUAUUAAUUUUUCCAAGAUAAUUGAUAGGCAGGAUUUUGCUGACAGUUUUAUGAUAUUAACAAUUCUGCUGUCAAGUGUUAAUUAAGGAACGCCACUCAUACUUGUUGGUCUCUAAUUUCACACACCCUUUCUGUGUAGAGUACAAUGCAGCUGUAUAUUCAAAUGCUGGAAUAUUGCUCCAAGUGAAAUAUUGGAAAUGUGCCAAUGACAGGUUAAACAUCACAACCAGGUGGAGCAACAAUGCGUUAUAAAGCAGACCUUUGUAAAGGGCCAAAAACAAAACUGUACUAAACUUACAUUUCAUAAAAAGCUGUUUUUAACAGAACUAACAAAUGAUGAGAACCUAUAAAAAUGCAUCACAGCAGGCUGAUCCUAUCUUCACGACAGAGAACCUAUCAAGUAACCUGAGUCUGAUUUUGAUUCUUGUGCAUAAAAGGUCGAGAAAAGUUUUUGCUCAAAUAUAUCCACUUUUUAACUAGAUUAUUGAAAUAAAGAAUAUUACAGAUAUUGAUUCAUCAAUCAUUACUUCCAGGAAAUGGAAGUAAAAUAUAAAUAAUUAUAGCUUAGUUAUUCACUGUUUCCAAUAUGUAUAAAUAUUGGAAAAGGUUACUGCUACUUAUUCUGUAAAAGAAAUUUGUUAAAUUGUCAAACAAUAACUCAAAUUUGUUUUAUAUACUUUCACCUUUUAAAAACUAUUAAGCAUGAGCGUACAAUUUACAGCAGUUUUUGAAUUAAUUUAAGAAAUAAAAUUGUCCAAAGUUC